AUGAUGUCCGAUUCCUUUGUCGACCACUUGACAGCUUCCGAUGGCGAAAAGCUGUGUUCAAUUGAAGCCAAAGCAGCCGUCAAAGAGACGGCCUUUGGCGUUCGUGACAUCCGCAUAGCCGAGGCGUUGCCCUUCAGCGACUCCCUCGCCUACCUCAACCUCACGACCCUGGAGGGCGAACGGCUCUGUGUGGAGAUUAGCGUGGAGGGCUUCAGGCCUGUCGGUAUUUUGCAAAAAUGGGUCGCGAUUGUUUACUUUAACAUCUUUGUUGAUGCCGCACGCGUAGAAUUUGCGGCCUUAGAUUGCCCUUUGCUGACCGGACUUCUGAUUGGUCUCUUUGUUGUGCUAAAAAGCUACGACGAUGUGAUUGGUCCAGUACCCCCUCCACCGAGUCACGAGGGCGCGGGAAGCCAUGUCGACGGGAGCGGGACUAAGGGGGACGAGGCCACACCCCAGCGGAGUCGGGAGGACGCAAAGCCCGCCGUGGCAGAGACCUACGAGACAAUAUACGCCCUGUUGUCAGCUCGCAGCGCUGGUUUCCGUCAUCGUUUCUCCGAGAAGUUGGCCGAGCGCCUCGCAGAACUGCAAUCGGAAACCAACUGA